AUGGAUCUAUAUACUAAUUGGACAGAAUUAACAUCACCUUGGGAUUUAUUAAUUGAUUGUAUAUUAUUAAAUGAAGGAUAUCCAAAUGCUAGUAAUACAUUAUGUAUAGUAUCAACAGCAUUUGGUGUAAUAAUGGGUUAUAUAUUUCCAUUUAUUGGUAUAUUUAAUAUUAUUGGUAAUUGUAUUAUUGUUAUAAUAUUUCUUUAUUUAAUGUUAAAUUAUAAUAAACAAUUUAUAUUUUUAGGUCUAUUAGCUAUUUCAGAUAUUGGAAUUAUUAUAUUUGUUGGUUGGUUAAGAUUAUUUCCAACAUUUGGUUUACCAUAUGUAUCGUCAGGAACAAUUUAUUAUUUUAUGUUAACUAAAUCAAAUUUAAAUUGUAAAAUAUUAACAUUUUUUCAAGGAUUUUUUUGUACCCUUAGAGGUAAUAUAUUUAUUUUAUUAGCAAUUGAUCGUUUUAUAUUAAUAUAUAAACCAUUAAUUUAUAAUAAAUUUUCUAAUAAAUUUAAUUGGUUAUUAAUAUUUAUUAUUAUUAUAUUAACAAUAAUUAUAGUAUUACCAUUUACAAUAUUAGCUAAUAUAGUAGAAGUACGUCAAUUAACUGUAUGUUGGUUUAUAGAUGAUACAAAUUAUUUAUUAAUACAUCAAGCAUUAUUAUCAAAUACAUGUCCAAUACAAUUAUCACUUGUAACAUUAUUUGAUUUGUUUUUUUCAAUAAAAGUAAUUAAAUGGUCAAAUAAAUUAAAACGAGUUGAUCGGUCAUCAUCAUCAUCAUCAGUAUCAUCAUCAGUAGGAGCAUUAUCAACAUCAUCAACAUCAACUACUGAAAUAAAUAUUUCACUUAUUGUUACUAUGCUUAUAUUACAAAUUGUUGCAUUUUUAUUUUCAUUACCUAAUAGUAUUGUUUAUUUAAUAUCAUUAACAAUUGAUUUUCAAUUAAUUAGUUCAGAUAUUGUACGUUUAUUAGUAAUUACUAGUAAUAUGUCAUGGAAUUUAAUAUUUUUUCAAUCAUCAUUUAAUAUUUUUAUAUAUUAUUAUCGUAUACGUAAAUUUAAACAAUUAUUAAAACAAUUAAUUAAAUGUAAUUGUCAAAAAUUAAUUCAACAAAAUAGUACAAUAAUUAAUCGUUGA